GGGCGCUCCGGCCCAAGGAGGUUCGGGUACCAGGAAUCCAGGAGGGCAUGGCCACGUUGCGCCGGCUUCGGGAGACGCCUCGGCACUUACUGGUUUGCGAGAAAUCCAACUUCGGCCACGCCAAGUCGCGCCACCAGCAUCUUGUAGAGUCGCAUUAUCAUAACUACAGGGUUUCACUUCUCAUUCCUGAAUGUGGGAUACUAUCAAAAGAGCUGAAAAACCUGGUCAUGGAAACUGGGCCCUAUUACUUUGUGAAGAAUUUACCACUUCAUGAAUUAAUUACACAUGAAUUUAUCAGCACCUUUGUAAAGAAAGGUUCUUGCUAUGCGCUAACAUACAAUACAAAUGUUGAUGAAGAUAAUACUGUUGCUCUGCUACCAAAUGGGAAACUAAUUUUAUCACUGGACAAAGACACUUACGAAGAAACUGGACUUCAAGGUCGUCCAUCUCAGUAUUCUGGCAGAAAAGUUAUGAAAUUUAGUACAGAAGAAUCAACGAUGAUGUCAUACUUUUCCAGUUACCAAAUUCAGGAGCAUCAGCCAAAAGUAGAAUUGAGCACAGUGAGAGAUCUCCAGUGCCCUGUGCUGCAGAGCGGUGAGCUCGGGGGAGAGCCGGAGGUGGCCUGCAGCACCCUGGAGCUCUUCGACUGGCUUGGCGCUGUCUUCUGUAACUCCGACCUAAAUAAUGAGCCUAAUAAUUUCAUAUCAACCUAUUGCUGUCCUCAGCCAAGCACAGUGGUGGCAAAAGCGUAUUUGUGUACAAUCACUGGCUUCAUACUUCCAGAGAAGAUCUGUCUCCUACUGGAACAGCUUCGACAUUACUUUGAUGAACCGAAGUUGGCGCCAUGGGUUACGUUGUCAGUACAAGGCUUUGCAGACAGCCCUGUUUCAUGGAGAGAAAAUGAACAUAGUUUUCGAAAAGGAGGAGAACAUUUAUACAACUUCGUGAUUUUUAAUAAUCAGGACUAUUGGCUUCAGAUGGCUGUUGGAGCAAAUGAUGACUGUCCACCAUAAAAAAGACUAAAAUUUAAAAUCCUAUUUAUUGAUGUUUGUGCUGGUGUUCAGGUUUCUUACUGAUAAAAGGGCUGUGUGUCCACUCAGGCUUGUGUGAUGAUAACAUUUCUCAGGUCAGCAUCCGCUAGCAUUCUACUCUGGAUUUGGGGCCCGUCUGUGAUGGCAGCUGGGCCUGUAGUUCAGUGAAUAGCUCAGUUGAUUUCUCUCCAUCAGUAUAAGCACAGGAUUGUGAGUUACUACAUGGCAGAGUGGACCAGGAUGGCCAGGGACCAGGAGUUGCUGAACCAUUGGGUGAGGUGUGUACUGUUAUUCAUUACAGCUUUUCAGGUAAUAAAAAGGAAGCCUUAUAUCAUCUUUA